GGACAAUUAUUUGGAAGUGUUCUUGAAGUACAAUCACCUGUGGAAGAAGAUACGAGAUGAGGAGAUCAAAAAUUUCAUGAAUACAAGUAGAGAGCUCGUAGAAUUCGAAGACAAGAUAAAGUACUACCUUCAAGUUAAAGAGAAUGUUGAGAGGGAAGUAAAUGAGACAACUGUUGGAUGUAUUAGACUGUUUCUAAGCCCAGUGCAAAAGCUUUUAAAAAUUGAGACAUGGAAAUGGUGCGAAGCUUUUGGCGCAGCUUGUCGUAAUAAAUACAAAGAUGAGAUGGAGAGAUGUGACAAAGAAAUCAAAGGAUUCAUGCAGAGGUUGAAUCAACCGUUCAAUACUACCGAAGAGAUCAAAGAAUUAAUUUCUGUUCUAGAGGAGAUACGGGAAAAGGAAGUGGAUAUUGACUUCGCUAUUACUCCAAUAGAGGAUUGUUAUGCUAUGCUGUCUGCUUAUAAUCUUGUGCCUGAUAAAGAGGACAUCGAGGCCGUCGAGAGUCUCCAUUACUUAUGGCACAAAACUAAAAAAUUAUCGACAGAGACUCAAAAUUCACUUCUGGAAAUGAAAACAAAAUUCCAGACUCAGCUCACAGAAAAUAUUUCUAGUUUUACUGUUGAGUUCGAGAAGUUUCAACGAGAUUACCAAGAGGAAGGCCCUUUGGUUGUUGGGCUAUCCGCUAUGGAAGCUUCAAACAGAUUGGCAGAAUAUCAGAAUCGUUUCGACACAUUAUGGCAGAAAUACAUGUCAUAUACCGAUGGCGCCAUGUUAUUUGGAUACAAGUGUAUGGAAUUUCCUCGACUGCAUUACAUACGAAGAGAGUUGGGAAUGAUGCAAAAGUUGUAUAAACUGUACAAUGAUGUAUUAGACAAAGUCAAUGGUUACCAGGAUAUUUUAUGGACUAAUGUAGACAUUGACAAGAUAACAAAUGAACUCAUUGAAUUUCAAAAUAGGUGUCGAAAAUUACCCAAAGGUUUGAAAGAGUGGCCAGCAUUCACAACUUUGAAAAAGACCAUCGAUGACUUCAAUGAACUUUGUCCCUUGCUGGACUUGAUGACCAACAAGGCUAUGAAAGGCAGGCAUUGGAAGAGGAUAAUUGAACUCACUGGACAUGAAUUUGACAUUAGCUGCCCACAUUUUUGCCUUAAAGACAUACUUAAAGCUCCAUUAUUAAGCUACAAAGAAGAUAUUGAGGAUAUUUGCAUAUCUGCUCUGAAAGAAAGGGAUAUCGAAGGCAAACUCAAACAAGUGAUGUCAGAAUGGAGCAAUCAGAACCUGACUUUCGCGCCUUUCAAGAACAGAGGUGAACUUUUGCUGAGAGGCGACACAACAGCUGAAAUUAUUUCGCUGUUGGAAGACAGUCUUAUGGUUCUGGGCUCACUUCAAAGUAAUCGAUAUAAUGCACCUUUUAAGAGUCAAAUUCAGAAGUGGGUACAAGAUUUAUCUAAUACGAACGAAUGUCUGGAAAGAUGGUUAUUCACUCAAAAUAUGUGGGUGUAUUUAGAAGCAGUAUUUGUGGGCGGAGAUAUUGCUAAACAGCUACCUAAGGAAGCAAAACGUUUCAACACUAUUGACAAGUCAUGGGUGAAGAUCAUGAUGAGAGCUCAUGAGAAAUGCAAUGUCGUCGAGUGCUGCGUUGGAGACGACUCUUUGAAGCAACUGUUGCCUUACCUUCAGGAGCAACUGGAAAUAUGCCAAAAAUCCUUAGCUGGGUAUCUUGAGAAGAAACGGCUCAUGUUUCCAAGGUUCUUUUUUGUAUCUGACCCUGCUUUGUUAGAAAUCUUAGGUCAAGCUAGCGAUUCUCACUCCAUUCAGAGUCAUCUUUUGAGCAUAUUCGACAAUAUAAAAUCUCUCGUUUUUGAUGAGAAAGACUAUAAUAAGAUACUGGCUAUUGUGUCAUCGGAAGGCGAGAGUAUUACACUUAACAAGCCUGUGAAAGCAGAAGGCAACGUGGAAUGCUGGCUAAUGAAUUUACUAAAGAUGUCCCAUCAGUCCCUGCAUUCUGUGAUUCGUAAAGCAGCUCUCUCAACUACUAGUCCUAAAUUUACUCUUAUGGAAUUUCUGAGGGAAUAUCCCGCCCAGGUCGGAUUGCUGGGCCUACAAAUUAUAUGGACUCGGGAAUCUGAAGUAGCUCUAUCUUACUCAACUCAAGACAAGAAGGUGAUGUCUCAAACAAAUGAAUUAUUCCUCGAACUUCUCAAUACACUCAUAGAAGAAACGACGAAAGACUUGGAUCCAGUAGAACGUACAAAAUUUGAAACAUUCAUUACUAUUCAUGUCCACCAAAGAGAUAUAUUUAAUGAUUUGUGUCGGUUAGGAAUAAAAUCCGCUAAAGAUUUCGAAUGGAUGAAACAGUUUCGAUUUUACUUCGAAGCUGACGAUGAUCAAAUAGUGAUUUCAAUCACGGAUGUCAAAUUUAUUUACCAAAACGAAUUUCUAGGCUGCUCUGAGAGACUAGUUAUUACACCUCUCACUGACAGGUGUUAUAUUACUCUAGCUCAAGCCCUCCAAAUGAAUAUGGGAGGAGCUCCAACGGGUCCAGCUGGAACAGGAAAAACUGAAACGACGAAAGACAUGGGCAAGACAUUGGGAAAAUAUGUUGUUGUGUUUAACUGUUCCGAUCAGAUGGAUUACAAAGGUUUAGGCAGAAUCUACAAAG